AUGGCAUAUUCUCGUUGUUCUCAACCAAUAUCUACGUCUCAACCCGCCUCUCCUUUACCUCCGACCUUAGUUAGGCUAUAUUUUUUGAAGGAAAGUGACAAUCCUCAAACUGAGUGGGAAAAGUGCAAGACAAACCUUGAGAAAUGGAAAGAGGGUACUUUAGUUGAUACACCUCCAUUACAGACUCUUCAAGACUGCCAGAAACGUAUGGUGGCCAAAUUAAUAUGGCGUACUAACCUCCUUGAAGACACUCUACCCGGUGGUGUAAAGGAAGAAGAGACCAUCAGCAUACUAGAAAAAGUCUAUAAGAAUGACGAAAAAGAGGAGGAUAACAGUUACAGUGGCAGUGCCAGUGGUAUCGACCAAUUGGUGAAUCAUGUCAAGGCAUUGGAGUUUCUUCUUUCUCAUAUCAAAUCAGACCUCACUGAAGAAAUAAUAUUGAAAACACACAAGAUCAUGAUGAAAGGUCUUACUACUGAAGAAGGAUUCCCGAUACAUAAUGGAAAAUAUCGGCAAUAUUCAGUUUGUGCAGGUUUUCACACUUUCCCCUCGUACACCUGCAUACCAAAUGCAAUGGGUGACAUAUUGAAGACAUACAACGACCGGAUGUCAACGAAAGAUCAUGAUCCAUUUGUUCUAGCUAGAUGGGUAUAUUAUCAUGUUGUUUCCCUUCAUCCUUUUGAAGAUG